GUCCGCCCCCCCGUCACUACUCCCGUCCCUCUGACCCACAGUCAGUCGAAUACAUUUAUACACAUGCGGGUGGAAGGCGGAUUCUGAAAUCUCCGUGAAGAUGGUGGUACCGGGGCCGUUUUUUAAAACGGUACUUGGAUAGCUCACAUAACGCUGUAUCCAUUGUGCCUCUUCUGGAAAGAAAGAGCGGCGAAUGGCCUGACAACGGGGAAUAGAAGAACAUCUCAAAGGGAUAGAGAGGAUCGGACGGGAAGUGCGUUUAAAUAGCUAAACCCGCAAAUCUGCCUUGAAUAAAAUAUAAGUAUUUGGACAGCAGAAAAAGACGCCUGCUUCUUCAUGCAAUUGAGUUGAAGUGGGGGAUCAAGGAGCCGCUUGUCUGUUCAGGGAGGACUCGGUGUCCGGGGGAUACGAGAAGGGGAGAAAGCUUGUAAUUAGCCCAUAUUCCCCACUUGCUAUUCGUCUGCGACUCAAUGGGAAGAAUAGUGGCGUGGGAAAAGUUUCCAUCACACGAGCAAAGGAGGACGGAAAGGGGCUACAUACAACCAAGACUGGCUUCAGCCGUGGCCCUGUAUGGAUGGCAGACUGAAGUUUACUGACAAUUCAAUUACCGGUCACUCGUGGAAUUAUGGGAGAAACCAGUUAUCAGGAAAUUAAAAUAAAUGUUAUGUUGACUUGACUGUUAUUGUUUGAUUGUAUUAUCAAAACAAUAUUUACUCAACACAGACUGAGCAUGGGCUGGAUCCAAUAAAGUAGGUAUUUGCGCGUGUAGGCCUACACUUGAUCUCCAAUUCAAUUGUAGGUCUACUACAUUUUGCAGCUCUUUGCUCUAUUCUGCCACCUUGUCCUCUUCAAAUUGCCCAUUUCUAUCAGCGUGGAUCCCCGGGAAUUGGAGGCGCAGCUUUGGAAAUUCCGAAGAGGGAACUCAGGAAAGGACGGGGCUCCAUCCAUGGAAAUACUUACGAAUAGGCCUUUUCCCAAUCACAGCAAGAGCAUGUGGGUAUAGAAGGAUAAUGGGCAUUAGACGUCAGUGUUUGUUUUCUCUUUCUUGUUUAUGGGCUGACAUUUCCGCCUUAAAUAACCCGGCAUAUGUCAAACAAUAGUUCCGUAACUGUGGCUUUUCGUGCGAUGCCUUUACAACGCCGGCGCUUGGGUUUAUUUUGGGAAUACAGGAUCAAGUUCUACACACACUGUUAAGUGUUUACGCGUGAAGUUUGAAAUGAUUAUUUUUCUCAUAGAUCACUGUAAAUUGGAAGCAAUUUCUGAAUGCAUUAUAGUCUACUUGCUUAAAAGCAUUAACAUGUAAUAUAUAACAUAUAAGAGAGGACAGGCAGGAGGCUGUAGACACGAAUAUAAAUGCAGACGGGAUCUAAAAUCAAUAGAGGAUUAUUUUGACAGUGCAUGUAUAAAGAAUGGCUAUGCAGGCAGCCAAGUAGUGAGAGCAUGAAGGAAUUUGAUCCAGGUUUCAGUUGUUAUUAUCUGAAGAAUUUGUACCAAUAUACCAGUAGUCUACAGUCGGCUAUUUAGUCAGGGGAGAGCCCUGGAAAUGCUACUGAAGUGCUACUGAAUACUACUAAAGUAGUAUUACACAACUAAGUUUCUACAGUCAACAUAAUUAUAUUAUGGAAGAUUUUGACUUCUCCCCAAAUCUUUUUCAAUGAGUCAAAAACAGUUGUCAGUACAUGGACAGAAACAGAAUGAACUGUACAGACACAAGUGCGUCAAAACAGAGGGGAAGGUAUAAGAAUGCGACUAUUGACGUCACUAGGGGCAAUAAUUAACAGGUCAAAAUCCAGUACAGGCUAACGUGUCAGACUUUUUCUUUGGAGAUGUUUUCUGUUAGUGCAUCAUUUAUUUCCCCCAACUUUUGCUUUUAAUUUACACUUGUUCUAGUCUAGAGGGUACCACACUCAAUACAUUCAUAGCCUACAUUGCCUUGCAAAUAGCAAUUAGCUCUAUUGUUGUCUAAUUUCUGUUAGGUUAAAAAGCAACAUGGCAUCCCCUCAACAUCAGCAGUUGCUGCCUCACAACACAGAGGUGAGCUGUGACUCAAGCGGCGAGGGCAGCGUCUCCGUGAGGAUCAGCAGUAGUGUCAAACACAAGCACGGAGGAGGAGCCGGGGCGCUGGGUGGCAUGGGAGGAGGCUUCAUGGGGGGCGGGUCCAAACACUGCAAGUACAGCAUCUCCUCUAGCUGCAGCUCAGGAGAGUCCGGGGUUCUCAGGCCCGUAGUUAAGGGGCUGCGAACCCAGAGGAAGAUGCCCCAGCUGUUCGAGAGGUCUGCUGGGCACUUCUGGGACCCAAAGUUUGACUCUCCCAUCCUGGAGGAGGCAUGCAGGGAGAGGUGCUUUCCCCAGACUCAGCGGAGGUUCCGCUAUGUCCUCUUCUACCUGUUCGCCGCCAGCCUCCUCUGGGGGGUGUACUUCAGUGCCAACCCCGACCGGUGUGACCGAACUGCCUUCCUCGUCCCCACCGCCUGCUUCCUCCUCUUCUGCCUCCUCCUCUUCCUGUUGACGUUCACAAGGAUCUACACCCGCUGCUACAACCAGGCGUCACUGCUGCUCAUCGUGGUGACCUUUGCCCUCACCCUGGCACCCCAGAUCCAGACAGCCGGCUUCAGGGACCUGGAGACCCUCCCUCCUGAGGAUGUGGUGGAGGAUGUGGGGGACUUCAGUGGCAUGGAGCCCUGGAAUGUGACCUUCAACCGGGACUUACCCACGGGCAGCCCCUGCCUAUCUCCAGUAGGGACCUUCUCCCUAGGCAUGGAAGUGCUGCUGCUACUCUACAGCGUCCUCCAUGUCCGACUCUAUGCCUCAGUGCUACUGGGACUUCUCUACUCUGUGCUCUUUGAGGCUCUGGGAUGGCUUCACCUCACCCAGGCUGCUGGGGAUGGUUGGAGCCAGGCCUCGGAGGGGUCAGACUUUGACUGGGACACUCUACGCUGGCUGGGGCCAGCCAAAGCUUUGCUCCACCUGUGCGCCCACGCCAUCGGCAUCCACCUUUUCAUCAUGUCUGAGGUGCGAUCGCGAAGCACCUUCCUCAAGGUGGGCCAGGCCAUCAUGCACGGCAAGGACCUGGAGGUGGAGAAGGCGCUGAAGGAACGCAUGAUCCACUCUGUGAUGCCUCGGAGGGUGGCUGACGACCUGAUGAAGCAGGGCGACGAGGAAGGCUUGGCGGGCGGGAGCUCGGCCAAGCGCUACUCCAGCAGCGGCGCGGCGGCCGUCAUCUCCAGUCCCAAGAACAACAAGAGGAAUAAGACCUCAAUCCCGAGAGGCCAGAUCAUCUUCAGACCCUUCAACAUGAAGCGCAUGGAGCCCGUCAGCAUCCUCUUCGCGGAUAUCGUAGGCUUCACCAAGAUGUCUGCCAACAAGUCGGCCCACGCUUUGGUGGGGCUCCUCAACGACCUCUUCGGACGUUUCGACCGGCUGUGCGAGCUGACGUGCUGUGAGAAGAUAAGCACCCUCGGGGACUGCUACUACUGCGUGGCAGGCUGCCCUGAACCUCGGGCCGACCAUGCCUACUGCUGCGUAGAGAUGGGGCUGGGCAUGAUCCAAGCCAUCGAACAGUUCUGCCAGGAGAAGAGCGAGAUGGUUAACAUGAGGGUGGGCGUCCACACGGGGACUGUCCUGUGCGGUAUCCUAGGGAUGAAGCGGUUUAAGUUCGACGUGUGGUCCAACGACGUGAACCUGGCCAAUUUGAUGGAGCAACUGGGCGUGGCCGGGAAGGUGCACCUAUCAGAGACCACCGCCAACUUCCUGGAUGACCGGUACCAGCGGGAGAACGGACGGGUCACUGAGAGGGUUGGACAGAGCGUGGUGGCGGACCAGCUGAAAGGAUUGAAGACCUACCUGAUCUCAGGGAGGAAGGUGGAGCCGUGCCACUGUAGCUGUUCCCAGCUGGGCCUGGUUGGCCUGGAGCCUGGGGGGGACACCCACUGUCCCACACCCCGUGCCCACACCCCAGAUGGACCCCCCAGAGCCCCCUCAGCCUGCGGCCUACCCCAGGGAGAGGCUCCCGACAGGGCCAUGUCUCCCUGUAUCUCCUGCAGUGCGGCUGUAGUUCCAAAGGAGGAUCAGGUUCUGGAGAAGGGCACGGUGCAGAACGGUUGCCAUGACGAUCACACGACCAAUAGCAGCAAGGACACCUCAUCUCUCAAAUGUCCCUCCCAGGGCCCCGUAGGCCGCAGCCCUAAGGCCCUGAACGGUCUGCUGAGCCCCAGGCUGGAGGAGCCCCUGACCAACAGCCAAACGUCCCUGUGUGAGAUGCUUCAGGAGAAGGAGAAGAAGUGGGGUGGAGGGGCCAUGGGGAUGGGGAUGGACCACUCUGCUCUCAUCCCCCUGCGCUCCAAGAACUUCAGAGAGAGGAGCGACGCUCACUUUGUGGAUGUUAUCAAAGAGGACAGUCUGAUGAAGGACUACUUUUUCAAGCCUCCCAUCAACAAGCUGAGCCACACCUUCCUGGACAGAACCCUGGAGUCUGCCUACAGGACUAGCUACCAGGAAGAGGUGGAGACCCAGGCGGCAGUACAGACCUUUGCCAGCCCUACCUUCAGCUCUUUCCUGGACAUGGUCCUGUGCUGCUCAGUGUUCCUGGCCCUCUCCCUGGCCUGCCUCCUCCGGCCCCUGCUCUCUCUCCCUGGGGCCCCCCUGCCUGCCCCGGCCCUCACCUUGGUUGCCGUGGCUGCCCUGCUGGAGGCCCUGGCGCUGGUGCUGUCUAUACGGAUGGCCUUCUACCUGGACAGCGUGAUGAGCUGCACUAGGACCCUGCUGAGGGCCAUCUCUGGCUGGGUCCCCCGUCACUUGAUAGGGGCCGUGCUGGUGUCCCUGCCCGCUGUGUCCGUCUUCUCACACGUCACCUGUGACAUGCACCUCUCCAUACAGUUCACCAUGCUCACCUGCUGUGCAGUGAUCAUUGCCAUCAUCCAGUACUGUAACUUCUGCCAGCUGAGCUGCUGGAUGCGCUCGGCCAUGGCCACCGUGGUGGGACUGGUGCUGUUCGCCCUGCUCUUCAGCCCACCCUGCAGUUCUGCCAACAGUAUGUUAUUUUGGUCUGGCGACGCCACCAACAACAGUAACCGCAGCAGUGUUGUACAUGAUCAGUCUGAGCCCACCGCUGACCCCGUGCCCCGCCUCCAGGACCUGCUGGGCCCCGAGGUGGGAGUGGCCUUCUUUCUGCUCCUCCUGCUCGUCUGGUUCCUCAACCGCGAGUUCGAAGUCAGCUACCGCCUCCAUUACCACGGCAACGUGGAGGCCGACCAGCACCGCAUCAAGAUCCAGAACAUGAGGGACCAAGCCGAUUGGUUGCUUAGGAACAUCAUCCCCAUCCACGUGGCAGAGCAGCUCAAAGUGACUCAGAGUUACUCCAAAAACCAUGGUAAUGUUGGCGUGAUUUUUGCCAGUAUCGUUAACUUUAGCGAGUUCUACGAGGAGAGUUACGAGGGCGGCAAGGAGUGCUACCGCGUGCUCAACGAGCUCAUCGGUGACUUCGACGAACUGCUUCGCGAGCCGCCCUUCAACAACAUCGAGAAGAUCAAGACCAUCGGCGCCACGUACAUGGCGGCGGCUGGGCUGAAUGCGCAGCAGUGCGCCGAGGCACCGCACCCUCACGGCCACCUGCGGGCGCUGUUUGACUUCGCCCUGGAGAUGAUGCGCGUGGUGGACGACUUCAACAAGAACAUGCUGGGCUUCAAGUUCAAGUUGCGCAUCGGGUUCAACCACGGCCCUUUGACUGCAGGGGUGAUCGGCACCACUAAGCUGCUCUACGACAUCUGGGGCGACACUGUGAACAUCGCCAGUCGCAUGGACACCACGGGCGUGGAGUGCCGCGUGCAGGUGAGCGAGGAGAGCUACUGCGCCCUCAGUGCCAUGGACUACAACUUCGACUACCGCGGCACAGUCAACGUCAAGGGCAAAGGUCAAAUGAAGACCUUUCUGUUCCCCAAGAGUGCGGACAGCGGCACCCCCGUGCCCCAGUACCUGCUCUCCGUCUCGCCAGAGAUCCGGGUGCAGGUGGAUGGGAGUAUCGGGCGCUCGCCAACAGAUGAGCUCUCUAAUAUGGUGCCUAGCUCCAUGGCAGGUGUCCCCACUACCACCGGUCCCUCGCUCAGCUCUGGGGUGUCCACGGGUCUGCUGCGGCCUGAGAGGGGGGUGGUGGAGGCUGGAGAUAGGCCAGACAGUCGGCAACAAUACUACUGUAGCCCUACUACUACAGAGACCAUCACAGCCAGACGCUCCUCCUCAUCAUCCUGCCUUGGUCUAGCCUCCCUGCCUAUCACUAGUCAAGCUGGAGAUACUUUGAAAGUCAAACAACCAAAUCUGUCCAUCACUAAUAAAGGUGAAACUCCUUCAACCAACGUCCAACAAACAAAUCUGCCUGCCACUAGUCUAACUGGAGCUCUUUUGACAGUCCAACAACCAAAUCUGCCCACCACUAGUCUAACUGGAGCUCUUUUGACAGUCCAACAACCAAAUCUGCCCACCACUAGUCUAGCUGGAGCUCUUUUGACAGUCCAACAACCAAAUCUACCCAUCACUAAUAAAGGUGAAGCUCCUUCAACCAACAUCCAACAACCAAAUCUGCCCACCACUAGUCUAGCUGGAGCUCUUUUGACAGUCCAACAACCAAAUCUGCCCACCACUAAUAAAGGUGAAACUCCUUCAACCAACGUCCAACAACCAAAUCUGCCCACCACUAGUCUAGCUGGAGCUCCUACAACAAACGUCCUCCAACAACCAAAACCUGUUGUGCCUGCCUCCCUCCAGCCUCUCUCCCCUCAGAAUGCCACAGCUACUGAUUUACGGAAGGAGGUGGAAAAAGAGAAAGAGAAGGACGAUGAUGACAUUAUUGGCGAGCUAACGAAACUCUAAGACUGUUAUGUCUGCGAUAGCUUUUUGCAUUAGCCUUCAGCCCUUUAAGCACGGCCUUUCUUGCAUUCCUGCCAGUUGAAGCUUAUUAUGGAACAGGCAUAUGUGACGAGAAGGCAUACAGAAGGAAACACCUAAAUGGCACCAGUUUCUGGCUCCUCUGUUGUCAAUUCUUCUCCAGGUUCGUGCUCAUUAGGGCACACCUUUGUAAAUCUUUUUGCAACUGUAAGCGAAAAUGAGCAUUUCUUAUUGAACAAGUUCAGAUACUACGUCUGUUUUCUUCCGGUUCAUGCCCACUGAACACGACCGAUGUAUCUGGUGGGCACAGUAAGAGUGAAUAAGAAGAUGGGGAAAGUACGAUGGGCACUUAUGUUGCUAUAGAACCCAGCCUCCUACUUGAUUCUCACUAACAUCUUUAGUCUUUUUUGUUGUUGUAUGUUUGGGCUUUUUUUUUUGCCCUUGUUUUUUAUGUCUUUUGAUUAAGUGCCUUUAGCACAAAAUAAUGUGUAGACAAAGCUGAUCUGAACAAGGAAAGAGGAAGAAACAUAAAGGGAAAAGAUAACUGGGAAAGACUUCUACACUACAAAACUGUGAACCUUAUGUACAUUUUAAGGCAAAAGCUUGGUUUCUGUCAGUUUGUUAUAGUUGUCUUUGGUCUGUGUAGCUAUGACAUUGCUUUUAUUACUGUAGUUAAGGAGUUUACAAGAAUCGGAGCAAUAAGGAAUGCCACAGUGAAGAGUGAAUGGUGGGUUAUAAAGGGAAGCAAGAUGGAGUCGACUUUUCACAGUGAAUCACUUUAAAUUGUCUAAGAAAAGCACAGGCCUCGCACAACGCUCUCAGACAAACCCACAACAAUAUCUACAACAUCAGUCGGAAGGCUUGACUGUGUGCUUGUGUCUGUGCGCUACACUACAGUAAUAACUGCCUUCCACGGCCUCAUGUGGAGAGGUGGCUGUAAGUUGUCAUUCUGCAACUGAUGAAAGCGUGGGAAGAAGGUCGGGAGUGUGAUCAAGAAAUAAUGAAAUCCCUCUUGCUGAUGUGGUAUUUUUUCUCCCGGCCCUGGUUAAAAGUAAGGACCUCUGUCUUACCAGCCUCAAGCCGUCAACUAGACCUUGGUAAUAGUAAUUAGGGCUGAAUCCUAACUCCCACUUAAGUCUGUUUUAAGUCGAAGUCUCCCAUUGACAUCAAUGCAUGACUAAGUGAAAAUGUUCAAGUUAGGACUUGACCCUAAUUCUUUAACAUAUCAUUAAUUAGCUUCAACUGCACAUUAGCUCUGCAAGUCUAUAAAGCUAACUUUUAGCACCACAGGUUAGUUCAUGUGCCAUAACCUCUUCCUAGUCUUUUACAGGAAUGAAAUCUGUUGUUAGGCUACCGUUGUUGAGGUUUGAAGUGCACCCCUCUAGGUAGGCGUCCUAAUAGGAAGUUUCUAUUGAACGUGCUGGUUUGCUUACAAUACAGUUAACAAUCUGUUAAAAUUGUUACAUGUGCGUCACGUACAUAUCAUGUGGAAUAGGCAAGAGCACAAACCGAUCCGGGACCAGGCUAAUCUUGAGUAGUCUCUUGUGACGGACCUGAGUUAAGAUGUUGAGUGAUCCAGUUUAACGGAAUGGUUUAUUGGUAUAUUGACCUUCAAAUAGGACUUGAUCUGCUAUCGCCACGCUCCACUCCUGUUACUCUACCGUCCGGCUAUUUAGAAAUACAUGCAAUGGGGAAUGCACCCGAUUCCUUCCUCUUGUUACAGCAUUCCUGCCAAAUUAGAUCCUGGAUAAUAAGGGAAGUUUCUAACAUGCGCCAUGUAAGCAACAUAUAAAACAUAUGAAGUGUGCAUGUUCAGUGCUACAUAUUUUCCUAUUUGUUUUGUGUGUUUGUUUUGUCGAAGUUGAGAUCUCGUUGUUUUCUUUUUAUAUGUAUAUAUAUAUCAUGUACUGUAUGCGUUGUUUUAUCAGACCCUUUCUUGAGAGAAUUGAGUAUGGUAAACUGUACAGUGCAUAUCCUCCAACUGCAAGUCUAAUCAUCCCUGUCACUUUCUCUCUGUUUUAGUAAAAGGGCUUGGGUGCUCGGGGAAAAUAACAAAACAAGUAAUGGUACUACUAGGUUUCCAUCCAAUUGGUGACAGAUUUUCAUGCGAAUAUUCUAAAAUCUGCAUAAAGAAAAUAUGCGCAUUUUUCCACAAAAUAUACUUUUUCACGUACCAAAUAAAAAUCUAAAGUUCA